AUGCAGCGGAAGCUAAUCAACAAAAAUCUAAAACUUGAAUUCCUCUUGCAUGACGAGAAAAAUAACGACACACCGGACAUUAAACCCGCGAGAACCGUCGAAGCGGAAACUGUUGACCUCUGCCGCGACUCAAACAACCUUCGCACGCUUGCCGUCCUGGGACCUGCUUCGGUUGAAGCACGGUUUAGAGCGUUGAAGAAGAAGAAAGCGGCUUCUGUGUACUGCGUCAUAUGUCAAGAGGAAGUGACGGAGAGCUCGGAAAACGGUCUGGUAGUUGGUGCACUUGCCGCUCGCUCCAGUGUGGUCUCCAUGCCCCCACCCUGUGCUCGUGCUGUAUUCUCCGAUUCUGGAAAUACCACCAAUCCUAAAUGCUACACCAGUGUCGACAACUUAUGGGCUUAA